UUCAAUGGAGACAUGAGUCAUCAUCCCACCAUUUUCCCUCUCAACUUCCUCUCUCUUUCUCUCUCUCUCUCGGUCCGCUGACAAAAAAAUUACCACAAUUCUGAAUCUGCAAGCCUUCUCGAAGCAUUCAUUUCUUAGCGUUUCGGGUUUUGCUUACUCCUCCCACGGCGACCGCCACAAUUCCGAUUCAGACUUACGUAUACUAGAAGGGAUGACGAAGAAUGUUAAAAGUGUUGCUGAUCCUUCUAUGGAGCUCGCUGGUACCAACCUGGCUCCUUCGAAAGACACGGGCUCACAAUUUGAUGCAGCAUCAUGUAUAUCAUCUGCGGGAGCUACAACAGGAAGUAUAAAAGGAAGUGAAAUUGACCAUGACUCCCUUGCUACUUAUCAAGGCAUGCCUUAUUCAACCAGUGGCUAUUAUGGUCACUACUAUCCAGGUUAUCACGGUUUCUAUGGAGAGUUGGACAACCAAGGAUACUAUGUUGGUGGUGAUGGAAUGGAACUUCAAUAUCCUGUCAUUCAAGCAGAUAAUGGAUCUUUUGUCUACUGCAUGCCAGGAUUUCCGCCUGGUUAUACUCCGUAUUUGCCCCUAUCGACAAUUGGCGUCAAUGGGCAAUACGUUGAUCAACAGGCAUAUCCACCAAUGUUUCAACCACCUACUGCCUCACCUGGUUAUUAUCCUGCUUCUCUUCCUUUUGGGAAGUUGGGACCGUCACCCUACAUGUGGGAUCCAUCUCUUCUUGUUGGAGAUGGAUUGUUUGGAAAUAACUAUGCUGGAGUUCCAGAAGUUCCAGUCCCUAAGCAUAAUUUAUCUGCCCCAAGUGACGGCAAUCACAAACACCUAAAACCAGUGAACAAGGCCUUGCCUCAUGGCUCAUCUAUCCAGUUGGAUGUAGAUGCCAAUGGUUACUUUCCCAUUGCAAAAUCUGUAGCCAAUACUCAAGAGAAGAGUGGAGUGCUCUAUUCAAACAACCCAGUUAAUUUAAAAGCAAAUGCGCGGGGUUGGGGUGGCAGUGAGAAGUUGAAAUCAAGAAGCAAGACUAAUGGAGUUAGUGAUAUUGGAUUGCUUGAUGAGCAGAACCAUGGCCCUAGAACAGCCAAUGCAAAAGGCAUGCUGAUUUCUGGAGGUGCCGCUGAUUCACUGGGUACUGAUGGGAAUGGAAACAGUUGCAGCAUAACCUCUCUCAUCAGCACAAAUCAAUAUAACCUUCCCGACUUUCCGUCCAAAUACGAUCAGGCAUUUUUCUUUGUUAUCAAAUCUUACAGUGAAGAUGAUAUUCAUAAGAGCAUCAAGUACAAUGUAUGGGCUAGUACUCCUAAUGGGAAUAAGAGGCUGGAUAGUGCAUACCAAGAUGCCCAAGAGAGGACGGUGGAGAAAGGCAGCAAGUGCCCAGUGUUUCUUUUCUUUUCGGUUAAUGCGAGUGGCCAGUUCUGUGGGAUAGCAGAGAUGAUUGGUCGAGUUGAUUUUAAUAAGAGCAUGGAUUUCUGGCAGCAAGACAAAUGGAAUGGUUAUUUCCCUGUUAAGUGGCAUAUUAUAAAAGAUGUUCCGAAUCUGCAUUUACGGCAAAUAUUACUUGAGAAUAAUGACAACAAGCCAGUUACCAACAGUCGAGACACACAGGAGGUGAGAUUUCCCCAGGGUAUUGAAAUGUUGAAUAUUUUUAAGAACAAUAUGUCCAAGACAUCCAUAUUGGAUGACUUCGAUUUUUAUGAAAGCCGCGAGAAGAUGAUGCUAGAGAAGAGGAUGAGGGAAUUUAUACCCCGCUACAAUCUGCAGCAGGAGAUGGUUGAAUUAACCACCAGUUUUAAGGCAGUAGAUCUGUCAACUGUGAAGAGUAUUGAGCAACCUGAGGUCGGAGAUGAGGUGAAGAAAUGACUCAAAAUGAAGGGAAUAUGGACCUAUGGUUUUGCCAAGAAAAAAGGAGUGGCAUCUUGGAAGCUGUCACAAAGGGUCCAACUGCCACGGAGACCAACUCCAACGGCGAGAUAUAAGGUUCUCAGACAGAAGGCAAAUUUUCUUUCUGAAGACUCAAGUGUUCCUUUUACAAAUAAAAGGCUGAUCCUUUCAAAAUAUAGAUGGUGGCUUGGCUGCCAACAAGCUGUUUAUGUACCAUAACUUAACCUUGGAUGACCCCACUGAUUUUAUAUGAUUAUGGGGUAUGAUGCGGAUGCAAUCCAAGUGUUUUCGUUUUUCUAUUUAUUUUCGUUUUUCAAAAUUUCUCUUCCUGUAAGGUGUAUGUAGUUUUUCUUAUUUUUUGCCCUUAAGAAUUCGUAUGCAUUGAACUAUCCUGGUUAGUACCAGUGCUCCUAAUGUAUGUGUUGGAACUCUGUGAACGAAGAGGGAGGUUUUAUCGGAUAUUGGGGGAAGGUAGAAUGGCAGUUUUUUUCCCUCUAAA